AUGCAGUCAGGGAAUGAGCUCCUGACUGAACUUAGGUAAGCGCCUUGGCCUCUUGCUCUUAGGCAGCUAUUAAAACUUUACAAUGAGUAAUGUGAUGCUGUGGAACUCUCCUUUCCCUUUCCCUGCACCAUUUCCUGUAGUAUGUAUAUUUUUAAAUAAGGAGGAGGAGCCUAGCUCUGUUGUAGAGCACGUGCUUGGAAGGUCCUGGGUCUUAUCCUGGCGUCUCCAGUUCAAAGGAUCAGGUAGCAGGUUAUGGGAAAGUCCUGUAACCCGAGACAGCCCAAGAGCAGCUGCCCAUCAGAAGUAGACAAUACUGGGCUGGAUGGAUAAAUACGCUGCUCUUGUAUAAGGCCACUUACUGCGUUCCAAAAAUGCUGCCCUUCUGCUAGCUGCUGUUUUAUUAUUAUGUUUCAUUGAACUUCAAACCACUCCCUUUGUGUGUUCUAGCCUACUUCUGCAUCAACAGCAAACUACUUUGCAUUCUUUUGACAAGGACAGGUGUGGUCAAGAGCAGAGUUGCUUUUUUUAUUUUUGUGGUGUGGAUGUCAUCACUUAUUUGCAUGUCUUGCAAGGUUGUUGGGGGUUUUUAAGUGGGGAUGGUGGUGGUUGUGGAGUUGUCUGGAGAUUGCGCACUAUCAAUGUGUCAGCCCUGGCUUUUCAAGGGUAAUCAUCCCCAAAUAGGCAGGAAGAAAGAGACUGGAGAAUGCACAUAUUGGAGCAGAUUGUAGAGAUGCACAUGCGCAGGGUAUAAGACGGUAUACAGCCCAUACAUUGAAACCACAUGGGUUCCGCCAAAGAAUCCUGGAAACUCUAGUUUACAGAGCUACAAAUGUCAGCACCCUUAACCAUUUAGGCCCCAACAGUUUAGUCCUUGGGGAAAGCAAUGUGCUUUAGAUGUAUAAUACUGGCCUGCUGGGGGUACCUGCUAGUGUGUCUCACUAGGCACACUGGCUAAAAAGUCUCCUGGAUUGCAUUUUGAGACUCAUACCCAUCUUGGAAUCUAAGACUUGUGAGCCGAGAGGCUGCUAAUAUUGCCACCGUAAGAGUGGAGUGCAGUCCCUAAGGCGGCUGAAUGGCGCCUUGUACACCUUCCAGCAACUCCUGUGGCCAAGCCAGUGUCAAACGCAUUGCUCAGCUUUCCUCUGGACCACAUCAGUGAGGCGGGAGGGGGGUCUUGUCGUCUGGGCAGCCCAGGACCUCCAUACACACUGCCCAGGCUUGCAUCCCAGGGAGGUCACUUCAGUGCUGAUGACACAGCUCUUUGACUUCACCCCUGGAUGUGCACUCCAUUGUCUCCUGAGACAGGUGGAUGCCAACAUGGUUGAAGCCAAUGUCAAUGAUCUCCUGUUAUUAAUAAAGGGACUGGAAAUGGUUCUAAUUUCCUGACGUACAAUAAAACAAGAAAUAAAUAUAUGUAUAGAUUGUUGAUAGCAGAGGCAAAUACGGAGAAAGAACUGCAGCUCUGGAGCAAAGAGACCUGAAGGCAAAAUCUCAAGUUUCCAGGUCAGGUCAUUUCUUAAACUGAACUGUCUUUUAAAAUGUGGUGUUUAAUCUUAGUUUGUUCCUACCAGCAAAACUGCAAAGCCACCUCCUAAAUGCUUUGUCCUAUAUUUGUUCCAGUCUUCUUCAAUAGCACUCAAAAAAGAUUUUUAGCAUUCAAGUAGGUCACUGUGACACCAGGUAAAGAAGAGAACACUGUUACUACAUUGGAAUAGAAAUUGAAAUUCAGCCUUAAGUGAUGUAGCAGUUACUACUGCUGCUACAGCUGAGUAAAGGCUGCAUUCUCCUAUAAUACUUAUUUGGGAGUAAGUCCCAUUGAAUUCAGUUGGAUUUGUGUCUGAGUAAGCAUGCGGGAAUGUGGGUGGCGCUGUGAGUAGGGCUUGCCGAUCAGAAGGUCUGCGGCUCUAAUCCCCACAAUGGGGUGAGCUCCCGUUGUUCGGUCCUAGCUCCUGCCAACUUAGCAGUUCAAAAGCACCUCAAAGUGCAAGUAGAUAAAUAGGAACCGCUCUAGCGGGAAGGUAAACAGCGUUUCUGUGCCCUGCUCUGGUUCGCCAGAAGCGGCUUAGUCAUGCUGGCCACAUGAUCCGGAAGCUGUACGCUGGCUCCCUUGGCCAGUAAAGCAAGAUGAGCGCUGCAACCCCAGAGUCGUCCGCGACUGGGCCUAACAGUCAGGGUCUCUUUACCUUUACAUUUAAGCAUGCAUAGAAUCAGGCUGCCCAUCUACUAAGACAGUGGUUUUCAACCAGUGUGCCGUGGCACCCUGGGGUGCCUUGAAUUAUGGUUGGGGUGCCACAGGCAACACUGGCCUCUGUCCCUCUUUCCUUCCCUCCCUCCUCUGAUGCGUCUCGGCCUCCCAAAGGCUUGCACAGCUGUUUGCUGCAGCAGCCCUGGUUACAAGCUCUGCAGGCGAAUGUUGCCUCUGGGGCUGGCCAGAGGGUGCUGGUUGCCAGGAGCUGAGAUGGCCUUGGAGUAAGCAAGAAAGCGAUCAAGGGAGCCCAGCCAGUUGGGAACGGACAGAGCCUGUUGGGAACAGACAGACAAGUGUGAGGCCAGGCAGGCACUGUGCUGGCCUUUCUUGUGCUUGCUGUGUUCAAGGCCUGCCUGGAAACUGAGAGUCUUUCCACCUUGCAGGCCCAGCAGCGCCUGCUGCUGUCUCCCAAGGUAAGGUGUUGGCCUCAUAUUCACCUUUGGCCAGUCUCUGUUGGGCCAGUAAGACUGGGGAAUCCUCUUCCCAGACCCCUGUGGGGCAGUGUGAGAAGGCACCUUUCUUUGGGUUGGGGAGGCAGCUCAGAGACCAGGGGCGGCAGGUUAUCUGACCUAUUUGCAAAAGUUGUUCUAUAAUAUUUAUCCUCACAGCACCCCUGUGAGGUAGGAGGAGCUGAAACCUGGUGGCUUACCACUCAGGGUAACCAAGGUUUUGGCUAACCAAGGAUUUGGUGUGAUGUCUCCUAAGCCCUGCAUCCUCUCUACUGUAUAACAACAGCUCACAGGGAGCAGGGAGGAGUUCACAGAUUGAUUAGAUGCAAUUUGGUCUAAUUAAGUCACUACAUCACCUCACAGGACCCACCAAACCUGUUUCUCUGGCCAGUCAGAUAGAACACACAAAGUUUCCUGAAGAAAAAAAAGGCAGCAGUUAUGUUUGGGCCUAAAGAUUCCCUUUUGGAGCUGCUCUAGAUUUUGCAUGCUUUGGAUGUUGUUGUUGUUUUGCAGAUGUAGGAUGAGUUUCCACAUCUGCACCAGCCACAUAUAAUGCAAACUGAAAAGCUAUAAAUCACAUCAUUGCCUCUGUUGUGCAGGAAUAGCCUCCUUAUCUCAGACAUGUCUCUUCAUGGUUCUCUCUUCCUGGACAAGAGGCUUACCAGCACAAGAGCUGGAGACUCAGAAGCUAUUACUGUACAUGGGAAGCUACCCAAGGAGGUCACCAGACCAUCAAUAUUCUGCAGUAGAGAGUUAAGCACAUACCAGAGCACUAGGUUUAUGAAAUUAAAAUGGACUGAAGCACUCUGUCAUCCAACUGCAACAAAUCCACUGGGCAAUAUACUACUGAGUUCCGACAGUGCAAGGAUCUCUGCUUGCACAAUGAACCUUCCCUUCUCCUUUCCCCGCGUACUCUCUCCCCCCCCCCAUCUGCUCUGAAAGGUUGGGGAGAAACCCAGUACAGAUUUAAGGGUGUGCAGGGAGAAGGGAGGGGAGGCAUUCCACUGCACAAGCAGAAAUCCUUGUGCUGAUGGGAUGUGGUACUUAGUGCUACAGAGAGAAUCCACUUUUUAAUUUUUUUAAAAAACACAGUCUUCUGUGGUUUCAAAAGUGAUUGGAAAAUGCAUCGAAAACUGUGGGAUGAACAAAAGGACAUGUAAACACCAUGCAAGCAAACCAGGAAACUAACUCUAGAAAAAUUGCCCUUAACUUUCCACUUUUUUAUAAAAGAGGAAGCAAAAACCUAUAUUGAGUGUCCUUAUAUGACCCCUUUCUUGCUUUCUCUUUCUUCCCUGCAGACUUUGGCUGCAAAGCACAAGAAUUUUCUCCUGCCCGAGUUGCCAUUUGCUUUCUUGUCAACUGGACUUCUGCAGACGUUCCUUGGUGGACUGUACUUACACAGUAAUAUUUCUCUACAUUUAAACAAAAAACAAAAAAACCUACUUGUCAGGGGUUCAGGAGCAGAGGCAAGGGCAAGGGAGGAAACAGAGAGCGAGGGGGAGGAGGCAGAAGAAAAGAUGAGUGAUGACGACGACCCGAGAUCUCCGAGUCUUUCCAGUGAAUCAGAAGAUUCACAGAAAGGAGCACCAGUGGCCAGGGCAAGGGGAGCCUAGGGGACACCCCAGGAAGAUAGAGCCAGAGGGGACUCAGAGGGAGCAGUUGGAAAUCGGGACCAACGUCACCGCCAGAGAGCAGGGAAGAGGAAGGGCACCAGGGAUCAAGCGCUGGCAACUCACAGCAGGGGAGGGCACGAGUCAGGGUGGCCACACCUCCAUCGGGGAGCGAAGAAACGGUCAGACGGAAGGUGGAAGGUUGGGCGCGCGCGCUGAGUUCAAAUGCACAGGAAGGUGGCGCAGUAGGCAGCCCGGAAAGGGAGCCAGGUCCCAAAGCCCGCCGAAGGGAGGCAGAAGAGUCAGGGAGUCAGCGUCAGCGUCAGAGGAAUCCCGGAAGGAAGAGACCCCGGGGGCAGAGGGACCCAGAGAUGAACAGGCAGGCGGAACAGGUGGAGCUGGGCUAGGAUUUUAAGUUGGUGUACAAGGGGCGGAGACUCAGACGGAGCUUCGCCGGUCUAAGCAUGAGACGUAGAGUUGCACGCAGCAGCUUGAGAAUGGAAACUGUAACUCAAUAAAGACUUUUGUUUAAUGAUCGCUGGCUAGCGUGAUCCUCUGUGAGCUAGGAUCUGGAAGCAGCUCUGACACUACUGCAUCAAAAUAACAUGUAUCAAGUAGUAUUAUUUUAUUUUCUCAUCACAUCUGCAAGUUGUUGCAUCACAAAUAUAGCUCUCCUACCCAAUCUUCAAAUCGCCUCCUUUUAAUUCUGAAUAUACUUCAAUGUAAUUUUCCCUUCUCUCCCUCCCCCCCCCCAACACUUUAAUCUUCACCUUCUCUGCAAAUCACAAACAGGACUACAAGGCUCCUGUUCCACACCAGUUAGAGCCCUGAAAAGGAGUAUUCCUGUUAGAGGAGUUGGAAAUACACUGCAACCUAUUACUGCAGGUCCCCACUUUUAUAUACUAGCAUACACUUGAGAGGGAGUUAGUUGUUUUACAAAAAGCUUGCCAUUUAGACCAGCAGAGUCCCAAUGUGAGGAACUUUGUUGGCAUGAACCCAGUGAAAGACCUUAAGUCACAGCUGAACCCAAACCAGAAUGAAACAGACAUGAAUAAGUUUCAUUCCUUGGCCACAACCCUCUUGGGUUAUACAGGGCUUUCAAAUACUAAGUGUUAUCCCUGCGGGAGUGAGAUGGUGGGCCACACCAGCCAGUGUACACAUCUAGGACACAUGCAUGAAGGAAAUGCAGGCUUUUGAUUUAGUGCUACAGAACUCCUUUUGCAAGGGUUUGCCAAGAUAUUCAGCCUUAGCUGACAGUUCUGGGGGGUCUCAUUAAUGGGCACCCAAAUAACUCCUACUCCAUUAUUUUUAACCACUGGAUUUUCAGUCCCAGGCAUCAAAACAUACUGUGGUGCUGCUGCAAAUGGCUUGUAGAAAAACAUACUUAACAUCAGGCCCUGAAUAAUUGGGGUGCAUGGGUGCAAGUGUGUGUUCCGAAUCCUUCAAGACCUUGCUCACUUCCCAAUUGAGCAUGCCUUCUCUCUCUCUUGGUCAAAACAGGGUGGAAAAACUGUGUGGAGACACUUGCGUGCAGGGGACUUUCCAAAGUGGUCUGGCACUUUGGUCAGAAUGACGUCUCCUCGGCUCCCUUCAUGUUCCCCCGUCACCGGGGUGGGAACUGGGUAUUCUUCUGAAGACGAGAGGGUAGCAAUAAACGAGGGCUGUGCAUUUCCAGGCUCUUUCCCCGCACCUUGCCCAACUUCUCUUGUAUUUUUCCACUUGGGCCAUCCCUCUCCCUCCCCCCACCUCUCUCCACAUUUCGUUCCGCGCACCCCUUCUCCUCCUCUUCCUUCCCCAGCUCUCCUAUUCUCUGCUUCUCCUGCUCCCUGCCUUCCUUUUGUUGCCCGGUCUCGCUACCCCGGACGCUGCAGGCCGCCUCGUCUGGCUCCGCAGCUCGCAGAGCCGCGUCACGUGCGUUAGUGACAGCCUGUCCCGGCGCGUCCCAGAGCACCGCGGGGCUCCCAAUUGGUGCAGGCGCGGCUGGGCGGCCCGCCCCCUUUGCCUUCCUUCGCGCGCCCCCUGCUAGCAGCGCGCCGCGGGGUGGGAACGUCGAGGCAAAAGAGGCGGGCGGGGCGGGGCGAGGGGGCGGGCGCUGCCGAUCAGCUGUUCGCCGGAUUCUAUAACAACAAAAGGCUCUGCGGGGAGCGCAGACUGGCCGGUGCAACAGGGCUCGGGGCGCCCGCAGGAGCAGCCUCCCCGCCAUCUACCUCACUCCGCCGCCGUCCAGGCUCCGGAUUUGCCCGGCUGCUUUGCGGACGGUGAGUGAAGGGCUGCGGGCGUCCUUUGUACCGGGUGCGUGUGGGUGUUUUUUGGCCACAAGUGACCUUAGGCGCGAUAUUCUUGGCGUUGGGUGCGCGUUCCGUUUGGAUGCGGCCGGGGGGGGGGGAGGGAGAGAAAAGGAAAUCUGGUCUAUUUUAAGAACUGGGCACGGGGGAUUCCCACCAUCUCCUCCGCCUAUAAAGUUUAGUAUAUUUAUAUAUCUGGCUGCUGGGCAGAAUCGCUUACCCACUGGCCCUUUCCUGCGUUCCACUUUCUGGGAAGGGUCCGUCUCGUCCCUCUGCAUAGUUGUAUGCAGAGAUGCGGGGAGGGGGGCGAAUAACACCGGAGUUCAUGCAGGGAGAACUAACUCUCAAAGUCUUCUCUUCUCUUCCUCCCCCCCCCCGGCUCUACUUCCUUAAAGGUAAAUUACUGCGCGAUCCUCCUCCCAGCUUUGUCCGUCGCUCGGCAGCGCCUUCCGACUGGGCUGCUCACAAACCACUUGUGGCGUAGUUUUGCCAGCCAGCCUCGCAGCCAGCGAAGCCUCUUCCCUGGAAGCGAGCCCCGCAAAAUUCAGUUGUUCCUACUUCCUGGUUAAUGAAACUGCUGCGGGUUUCAUCUGAGGCUGAGAUCGUUAAAAAGAAAAGAAAAGAAAAAGCGUCUUAUAACUUGUCCUCUCGAGUACCUUAAGGGGUGUUUUCGUUUGGUGAUGGUGGUGGGGUUGUUUUAUUAAAAUUCGCGGAAUUAACUCUUAUUUUCGUGAGAUCUAGCAGUGCAGCCCAUAGCCCGUUAAAUAGAAAUUAGUAGUUAAAAAAAAAUAUACAACACUAUCCCUAACAUACUAACUUGAAAGGAGAGCCCCACUGAUUUCGGUGCGACUUUAUUUUUCAAAUAAACGGCUCCUGUGAGUGCUCAGUGCCAAGUGAUUUUAUCCCGAUGCGAGCUCGCAUAGGAUCGCAUCCUUCAACCUUACUAUCGCCAGAUGUGUAGGAUCGGGGCUCGGGAUCCCCUUUUCAAUAUCAAUUGCGGGCGGGCGCGCGGAUCCCGGCACCGUUCCGCGCGCGAUCCUGCGGAAUAAUAAUCCGGCGCGGACAAACUUUAUGUACCCGCGGAGAAGGACGCGAGCGUUUGCCCGCCUGCCCUGCGCGCUCCGUCUCCGGAGCGGAGUUUCAAACUGCUGGCGAGGGAGGCGCAGGGUGGAGUCCGGCGCCGAUCUGGGCGGGCGGAGAGGAGGGGACCUCCCUUUUCCCCCUAAAGGGCGGAGGUGAAGGUCGUCCUGCGGCCAGGGGCGUGGACAGAGAGCUCUCCGGCCUUGGAAGAUGUCCUUUCCAAGCCAACUGCCGAUCCACGCGCCUUGUGGAUGCCCUCCGCUUCCUCUCCCCGCUUUCUACCCGGCCUUGCGGUUGGAGCAACUCCCCCUCCCUUUUGUCUCUGUCCUUGCCCGCCCCCUGGAGAGGGAGUGGGGGGGACUGAGGCCGAGGAGGAGCUGGAGUUGCCUGAUCCGCCCAAGGGGGCUGGAAAGGGAUCGGGUUGCUUUACCCCCGCCUCCCGCAUAUCCUGUUUUGUUGACAGUGCCGAGAGACCGCCCUUCCCUUGGUGUAAGGCUUCCGUCUCUUCCCGUCGGGGCGGAUCUUGGACUCCGAAGUUGAGUCGGGUUCAGGUGUGUGACUAACCUCGCCGGAGCAGCCAAGCGGCGCCGCCCGGGGAAGAGGCAACUUGCGCGAUCAAAACAAACCAGGAACUGGUGACUCACGGCCGCCACGGGAGCGGAGAGGGGGGCAAUCCGGGUCGGCACCCCGAGGCGUGAUUCCUGCCGAGGCCCCAUCCUGAAGCCCAAUAUACGUGAACAGACAAGAGCAAGCUAUGUGCUCUGGUAAACACGCACAAUCCCCCCCAGGGGUGCCAACUUAAAUAAAAUAUUGGGGAGGCAGGUAAGCCCUGCCCUAUAUAAAUGAUCACAAGAUGUGGCUCGCACACAUCAUUUGAAUGACAGUGCCUAUCAACCUGGGGGGCCCUGACCCCCUCAAAUAUUUUAUGGGGCCCCCAAAGGGACCUCAGCUCCUAGGAGUUGGUUCCUAUGACACACACACAUGGAUAAGCAGUUGUGUAAGUCACUCUUUAUGUAACUACAGUUAGGAAGUUGCCUUUGGCAGUGCUUCCCAAAUUUUACGCACACACACUACCAUAGAUAACUUGAAAACUGUCAGACCACUCAAGAUUUCUCUGCCUGUAGUAAUUGUGAUGUGUCGUGCUAGACUUAUUAUUCUUAAUUGCAGUUUAAUUGCUUUGUAUGGUAUUACGAUUUACAGAAUUCAGAUUGCAAUGCAAUAAAAUGUAAAAGCAGCAAUAAAAAUCAAUACAGUAUGGGCACAACCACAGAUCCACACUGUGGACAACCUGGAUGAAGCUCUGGUUCAUUGACCGCAGUUUGAGACCCCUGCCCAUUGGUCCACCCAGUGUCUGCACUGAUUGGCAGCAGCUCCCCAGGGUUUUUAGAUGGAGUUCUUUUCCAGCUUUACCUGGAGAUGCCACCAGAACAAAGCUGGGACCUUCUGCUUUUGCAUGCAGCUGCUGAUCACAGACUUCAUGGCUCCUCCCAAUUGAGUAUAGUGGGCAUUCUGCUGUGCAACUUUCCAAUAGGAGUUCCUGAUGCUUUGUGGGGCAAGGAAGUUAGUUGUUUUUCCCCCCUGUGUGUUUUAAAGUUUCACAAGUAUUUAUUUUUCCACAGAAGGCUCUAGUCUUUGGCAAACUGUUCUGGACUUGCAUUUGUUUUGCUUUGCAAGAACAUUUCACAUUUGAUGCAACCUCCAAGCAUUUGUCUGAUGCAACCUCUGAGCAUUCUGAUAGGCUUUCGAGGGCUUUUGGAGAUGGUUUUGGGUGGGUGGGUGGAGAAUGCUUGCAUGAUUGCUUUUCAGCUCUUACGGUAGGCAGUUUCAAACUUCUAAGUUCUCUUUAAGACUUUUGCCCACCCAUAUAGUGGAAUGUGGUAGCAGAAUUCUUCCAUGGUAAAAUUAACAAUACCACUUCAAACUGCACACAGGGCAGGAAUCAUUUUUUUUUAAUCCUUCACUAUGUUUAUUGUAAAUAUCAUUUGAUUUGCAGUCCAUUCUUCAUGGCCAUCUUUUUCCUGUCUUUCAACAUAUCUGUGUCUCCCCUUAAUUGGUGUCUGUUUCUGUCUCAGUGGUAACAAAAAACAAUGCAAAUGCAAAUACAAAUACAGUACUUUUUUUUAAAAAAAGAUGGCACCCUCUAAUGGCAGCCUGAUAUAUCACAGUCUCUUCUGUUAACUUCAUUCUCUAAUCAUGUCUGAGAAUCUCUCUGCAAGGCUUUUGCUUUUGGACAAUGGGGUGGCUGCAGAGUUAAAAACUGAAGGGCUUAUGGGGAAAAGGUGGAGGAGUUAACUGGGUGUUCUGUUGGUACCUUUUAAUCUAUUGUUCUCCUGCCAAAAAAAGUCACUCACUCUAGCCCAUGGGUAGGUAAACUAAGGCCUGGGGGGCCAGUCUGGCCCAAUCACCUUCUAAAUCCGGCCCGCGGAUGGUCCAGGAAUCCACAAGUUUUUACAUGAGUAGAAUGUGUCCUUUUAUUUAAAAUGCAUCUCUGGGUUAUUUGUGGGGCAUAGGAAUUCGUUCAUUCUUUUUUUCAAAAUCUAGUCCGGCCCCCCACAAGGUCUGAGGGACAGUGGACCGGCCCCUGCUCCAGCCUGUGACUUUGGGGAGAAGUAGAUUUAUGCAAGGGGUAGUGAGAAGAGGCGCAAGUAUCAUUUAAGGUAGAUCUGGGGGGAAAUUCCAGGCAGCUUACCCAAAUGCCUAGAACAUGGGGGGUGAUUCUCUUCUCUUCUCUCCCCCCGCACCGGGUGCAUCAAGGUGUAUCUGAGAAAGAAUUCCUAAGUAGCAAAAGCCCUGAAGAAAAAGAGCCCCCAGCACUGGAGCUAUGAAAAUUAAUAUAGGGAAUCAGAUAAUGCUGUGUACAGGACGGUGCUGAUUGGGAAAUAUUGGGGUGGCUUAAGAGGGUAGGGAUCAGACCUCCUUAGAGAAGCCUGUCCUGGACCUUGUUCCAUUGCUCUGCUUUCUACCAGUCUUUGUUUGUGUUUCUUACUUGGUUUUCCCUCAACAUUUUAAUACUUCCCAUUUACAGUGAGUUUGGGAAACAUAGAUCAGGCCUACUGAGAUUAUGUAAACUGUAUAAUGUGCCAUUACUUUCACGUAUCUGGCUGCCACAUGCCCUCAAACAAGAACUCUCUGUGUCUCAAUAUUAUCAGCAUUAAGACAAUUUCCAUAAGCUAGUGAGACUCCCUACCUGUGCAACUGUAAUCUUGCUGCAGAAUGCUAUCCUGAUAAGUGAAGGGGGGGGGGGAGAGAAAUGCUACUUUUAACUUAAAACCUGCGCUUCUGAGCCCCCUGCUGGAAACAGUGAUAAAGAACCAGGAGUUCCAGAACACGGGCUGUUCUUUAGAUACAACCUUGAGCCCUAGCGCUUCCAGGAAACUAACUACUGUUGGAGACUAGAGAGAAGGAAAGCAUUCUAAUUUGGUGAUAGAGCACAUGCUUUAUAUGCAGAAUGUCCCGGGUUCAAAUCCUGACACCUCCAGGCAGGACUGGGAAGGGGUGGAACCUAUGGAGCAGUGGGGAUGGCAAGCACAAUAUGAUGGUUCAGUGGGCAGAGCUGGUUACCCCGUGAGCCUGGUUUCACCUAUAUGGGCAAGUAUAAAGAUGAGAGAGAUGAGGAAUCUUAAUUGCCCUGCAAUUAUCUCAGAUUUUCUAUAGUGGUAUUGUUUUCUCUUUUUAAAAAAAAUGAAACUACAGUGGUACCUCGGGUUAAGUAUUUAAUUCAUUCCAGAGGUCCGUACUUAACCUGAAACUGUUCUUAACCUGAAGCACCACUUUAGCUAAUGGGGCCUCCUUCUGCUGCCGCUCCCGCUGCCGCAGCAUGAAUUCUGUUCUCAUCCUGAAGCAAAGUUCUUAACCUGAAGCACUAUUUCUGGGUUAGUGGAGUCUGUAACCUGAAGCGUAUGUAACCUGAAGCGUAUGUAACCCGAGGUACCACUGUAAUGCCUUUGAAAAGCCACUGGUUGUUUUGUACUUGAAGACACCAUUGGAACCAGCUCCCCUCUAUAGAAAUUUGAAACUGCCCUUUUAUUGUGCCAUUGAAUCUACUUGAUAAUGGUGCCUGCAACUCCACAUGGCUCAGUGACAAAUAUGGGUUGCUGCCAUGUGAUGUGUGGAAUAACCCCUGAACAGUAUAUGUUUUCUGUGUGUGCAUGUAGCAUUAAGACUUUUUCUUCUUCUCUUUUUUGCAGGAUUUUGUAGCAACCGUUUACAAAGAAAGCCAUGCCUCCCCGUGUUCUGUGCCUAA